AAUAAUUUAUAAAUUAAUUCUGCAAACAGCAUAAGCGAAAUUAAAAAAUACAACAAAAACAUCAGGAAUUAAUGUAGUGCCUAAUGCAAUGUGUAAUAAAACCGAGUAGACAAGGAGGUGAAGCAGAUCAUUAUAUGCCCGCAAACGCAAACGCAGUUACACAGAAAAGUUUGAAAUACAAAUUUAUAUUUAUUAUUGAAUAAAUAAGCAGAGUAAAUAUCACAUAUGCUACCCGUGGCAACAAAUUGAAUUAUUCAGCAAAUUAAACAGCAAAUACUUGGCGUCGUGUUGUGAAUGUUUGGCCAUUAAAGUGCACACAACUUAAUAAAGGGUUAAGUGAUUUGGCAGCAAUUUAACUCAAAACAAAAACCAAAGUGUGAUAUUACAGACGCGAAACUAACUAAUCGGUAAAAACAGAGAAGAAAUUCUGUAUAGAAAAAUCAGAAGAAAUAACGAUCAUGUUGGCCUUCCACAACGAACACAUUGCUAGUUGCGCUUUUCUGACUUAUUUCAGUCCGGAGAGCUCUGCCACGCCCGCAACCUCGCCCACAUCUGCGGCACAGGCUUCGCUGCACAAUGACAAGCAGUCAAUAGCAGGGGUUGCCUAUCCAUGUGGCGCCCUAAACGUGCGCCGAUUGCGCUGGCAGCAAAGUCCGCAAUCCUUUGGAUAUCCUUACCCACGGCUGCAGAUGCAAAACCGCCGCCAACCACUUCAAAAUCAACCAUCGAGUUCGGCCCGCCUCUGUUUGAGCAGACGGCACAAUUUGCGCGAAUUCUGCAAAACUCAGGCAAUUUGCUAACAGCAAUUGCAUUCCGCUGCCAGCGAUGCAAGUGCCACUUCAGCAACAACAUCAUCAACAACAUCAUUAAGAAACCCAACAUCAAGCAGUCCAGGAACAAUAUCACCCCCGACAGGUCAACUCCUGCAAAUGCACAAGCUGCAGCAAAUUAGUCACACG